AGAAUUAGCGGUAUGUCGGAAAUCCCUCCCCCCCGCGAUAUCAGAGUGGCACGGUCCGGGCAGUCUCUACGUCACCCAUUGUUUACAAACCAGCAGCAGCAGUAGCCGGUCCGGUGUACGCCGGGCGGAGUGUGUCACACGGUGCUGGCUCUGCUCGGUGUCAGCAUGCCGUGCCGGAAGGAGAGUUUCCUGCUGCUGGAGCAGUCGGUGACGGUGGGCUCUCAGGAGGUGGACUCCUUGGUGGCUCGGAUCGGGGAAGCCCUGCAGCUUAACGCCCACAGAGCUCCGAGCUCCUGCGGCAUCAAACCCGCCGCCCUCCCCCGGCCCCCCUCCAUGUGCUCGUGUGUCAGGGGAAGGACUACGCCGUACCCGGUGUGCACCCCCAGAGCGGCGGGACGAUGUCAUCACCGCCAGCCGGCCGGGGCCAGGCACUGUCCGGGGGGCAGCAAGCAACUGUGCGGCCGGGGCUGGGUGAGGAGGAGACAAGAAGAGGAGGACGAAGAGGAUCCCCACCAACUGCUGCAGGAGCUCCUCCUGUCCGGGAACCUCAUCAAAGAGGCCGUCAGGAGGCUUCACCUGGCCGGGGAGCCUGAGGUGACCAAGGGGGGGUGCAAUGUCACCGAGGCCACGGAGACCACCGUACAGUGAUCGGGGGAUUCCCAUCGGUAAAUGACCGACUGCCAUGCAAUCAUCAGAGGACUAUUACAUGAGCACUGCGACCACCGUGCAAUCAUCAGAGGACUACACCUUUAAAUGACUGCACCGUGCAAUGAUCAGAGGACUACACCUUUAAAUGACCGCACCGUGCAAUGAUCAGAGGACUACACCUUUAAAUGACCGCACCGCGACCACCGUGCAAUGAUCAGAGGACUAUACCUUUAAAUGACCGCACCGUGACCACCGUGCAAUGAUCGAAGGACUAUACCUUAAAAUGACCGCACCGCGACCACCGUGCAAUGAUCAGAGGACUAUACCUUUUACAUGAGCACCGCGACCACCGUGCAAUGAUCAGAGGACUCCACCUUUAAAUGACCGCACCGUGACCACCGUGCAAUGAUCGAAGGACUAUACCUAAAAAUGACCGCACCAUGCGAUGAUCGAAGGACUAAACCCUUACAUGAGCACCGUGCAAUGAUCGAAGGAGUAUACCUUUAAAAUGACCGCACCGUGCAAUGAUCAGAGGACUAUAUCUUUACAUGAGCACCACGACCACCGUGCAAUGAUCAGAAGACUACACCUUUAAAUGACCGCACCGCGACUGCCGUGCAAUGAUCAGAAGACUAUACCUUUAAAUGACCGCACAGAGAUCGCUGUGCAAUGAUCAGAGGAUUCCUCCAUUGAAUGAUUAGAGGACUCACUAUUAAAUGACCGCACAGAGACCACUGUGCAAUGGUCAAAGAUCUCCACCAAUGAAUGACCGCAUAGAGAAAACUGUGCACUGAUCAGAGAUCUCCACCAAUGAAUGACCGCAUAGAGACUGCUCUGCGAUGAUCAAUGAAUGACCGCAUAGAGAAAACUGUGCACUGAUCAGAGAUCUCCACCAUUGAAUGAUCAGAGGACGCCACCAAUAAAUGACCGUACACAGACCGCCAUGCAAUGAUCCACCAGGAAAUGACUGCAUACAGACUGCUGUGCAAUGAUCGGAGGAAUGAAUGAAUGCACAGAGGCUGCUGUACCAUUAAUAGAAGACUCCAAUAAAUGAAUGCUCAGAGACCACCAUGCAAUGACUGCUGUGAACCCAACUAUUGAAUGAUCACACAGAGACAAUGAUUGGAGGGCUCUACCGUUCAAUGACUAAUGGACUCCGGCAUUCAUUGAUUACAGACCUCCAGCAUUCACUGACAGCCUUCACCAGACAUCACUGUGCAUCAUCAUGGGGCAUCACCAUUUUCUGGUAGCCUCCAGCAGAUAUAUGCAGUGACCAUGAUCGAUUACCUCUGUGUGCCACCAUGCCUCAGUGGAUCCCAAGGCAGUGAUCUGGCGUAUCGAGGGUUUCCAGUGCAGCUGCAGCAUAUGAGCUCUGCUGUGAUAUGACAGCCUGCACCAAAAUACCCCCCCCCCCAUCCCCUGCAAUCCUAUGCUGCCCCUGUACAGUCUAUCAGCAGAGCCCUUUCCUUCAAUCAGAGGCCACUGUUAAGUGACACCUGUGCCAUCACUACAGAAGGUGGCACCUGACAUCCCGGUGCCAUCACUACAGAAGGCGACACCUGACAUCCCUGUGCCAUCACUACAGAAGGUGACACUACCAGUCUCCAGUUUACAUCCCACGUGCAGUUUUGCCUUUGUCCAAGCAAUAAUGGGGUGUAGGUUAAAGCUUAUGAGCAUUACUGUGCGCUCACUAUAGAGUACAUGAUCUACAUGGUGGAUGAACCCAAUGGUGGUGACACCUCCCCUGUCAUAUUGUGAGCUGACCUUCCCUUCCUCUCGUUUUGUAAUGUUCAUUGAGCGGCCACGUCCCGCCACGCGCUGGCUUCUGAUGAUUACUGAGGAGCCUUGUAUGGUGGCUGCUU